AUGGAGGAGCGCGUGACAGACCGCCCGGCGCGCUACGGAGCGCGACACCUCGCAACACCGGUCGUCGUUGUGUCGUCCGAGAUGAACCCCUGGUCGAAAACAGGCGGCCUUGCCAUGGUGGUGGAAAGCUAUGCAUACGAAUUUGCGAUGCGAGGCCAUCGGACAAUGGCGGUGACACCGCGGUACGGCAACUACACCAACUGCAAGCCGGUCGGCUCGACCAAGGUUUGGCUGGCUGGACAAGAGCAUGAAGUGGUUUUCUACCAUCAGCGACAGGAUUUUGGCAAUGGCCGCGGCUGCGACUAUGUCUUCGUAGACCACAGCUGCUUCCAUCGUCCGCAAGGUCUCUACGGAGAUCCUGCCAGUGGCGAGUAUCCGGACAAUGCCUUCCGAUUCUCCUUGCUAUGUGUUGCUGCCACGGAAGCUCCAUUGGUCUUGAACCUUGGUGGCUCCAUUUUCGGUCAAGAGGUCUGCUUCAUUGCCAAUGAUUGGCAAACUGGCAUGCUCCCUGCUUAUCUCUUCUACAAGUACAAACGGAAUGGCACCUACCUCAAGGCGCGAUGUCUCAUGGUGCUACACAACAUGGGGUAUCAAGGAAAAUAUCGGAUGAGCCAGCACCCGAUGGACAGGUUCUUCGGGCUGCCUUCCGAUGCCAGCAAGGACCUGGAAGGUGAAGACCUUCACUUUGGCGCGGACUGUGUGAACCUUUUGGGUGCCGGCAUCCGGAUGGCAGAUCGCGUCUUGACGGUCUCACCCAACUAUGCCUUCGAGAUCCAGACACCAGAAGGCGGGCUGGGACUUCACUCGGCGCUAAAAGCCAAGGCCGCUAUGCGCAGAGUCAAGGGGAUUCUGAACGGCAUCUCCGACGAGUGGAAUCCCAUGACUGACCCCCACAUAGCAGUCCGAUACGGUGUCAACAAUUUCGAAGACGGCAAGCUCCGUUGCAAGGCGGAGCUCCAGCGGCAACUGGGCCUGCAGCAGGAUCCCAAGCUGUGCCUCAUUGGCUUCUGCGGCCGCCUUUGCUACCAGAAGGGGAUCCACCUCAUCAUGGAGUGCCUCCCGUGGCUGAUGCGCGAUGAGGGCAAUGGGGUCAACGGCUUCGUUCAGCUUGCGUUGAUGGGCAAAGGUGAUCCCAAAUACGAAGAUCAGCUCCGGUCCGUGGAGGCUUCGCAUCGUGGACGCGUUUGCGCAUUUGUUGGUUUCGACCCCGUUGUGGAACACCGCAUGAUGGCCGGAUGCGAUGUCUUAUUGAUGCCUUCCCAGUACGAGCCAUGCGGCCUCCCGCAGAUGUAUGCACAGCAGUAUGCAACGAUCCCUGUUGUGCACGAGACUGGAGGUCUGAAGGACUCCGUCCGUGGCCUGUGGAACGUGGAGCACGACAGACACUGCGCUACUGGCUUCCUUUUCGGUGGCUUCGAUGCCAAUCGCCUCAAAGAGCGACUUUAUCAG